AUGCUCACAUCCGGCCUCACCAACGCCCCCCUCACCAAGCUCCUCCUCAUUUACACUAUCAUGUCGUCGAUCGCGCUGUCAAUCCUCGACAUCAAACACCUCGCCGCCAUCCAUGUGUCGCCGCAUUUCUGGCCCUAUGUCCAGCUCUGGCGCGCGCUGGUCUGGCAGCUCGCCGGCUUUGCCAAUUCCACUGAGGCGCUGUUCGCCGCUAUGUUGGUGUAUCACUUGCGGGUGGUAGAGCGCGCGUGGGGGAAGCGGAAAAUGGCAACCUUCCUCCUCUCCACCCUCCCCUAUACAACCCUCCUCCCCCCGCUCCUCCUCGCGCUGUUCGUUCGACCGCUCUCGCUGAAUACCCUCAACUACCUACCGUCCGGCCCGACGGCCGCGGUCUUUGCGCUGCUGGCGCAGUACCACGCCACGAUCCCGCACGUCUUCCGGUACCGCGUUGGAACCAGCAGCAGCAACAGCAGCAAUAGCAAUGUUGAAAACGACACCAAUGUUACCCCCAUCGACAACAACAGUAACACCGAAUCUCCACCCUCCAAUAAUAACACCCCAAAACCCCCAAUCCCAACCCCAACCCCAACCCCAACCCCAACUCCCAGUCUAACCCUCCUCCUCUCCGACAAAUCAACCACCUACCUCGUCGCCGCUCAACUCGCCCUCUCCCAAUUCCCAGCAAUGCUCCUCCCCGCCGCCGUCGGCUGGGUCGUCGGCGUUGCCUGGCGCGCCGAGCUGCUUCCGGGCUUGUCGCCGGCGACUACGGGGUUCCGUGUUCCGGUGUGGGUGGUUGGCGAGCGUGAGCUUCAUAGGGGCGCUGUCGGUGGUAGUGGUAGUAGCGGGCGUGGUGGUGGUAGUGAUGUGGGAGCUGAGCGUGAGCGGUAUGAUGAUCUCCGGCGGAGAUUGGAGGGGGAGGUUGCGUCUGCUUCGGGGUUGGAGGGGCAAGGUCAACAGGGUCAACAGGGUCAAGGACAGAGGCAGCGGGGUGGGAAUGCCAAUGGGAAUGCGGAUGGAAGUGGUUUGGUGGAGAGGUUGAGAAGGGCUUGGUGA